CUUAAUUAGCGUGUCAAAUACAAAUGUGAACACUUUAGUUUUGUAACAACCAAAAUUGGAUGUACUUUCCACACUACAAAUACCAACACACGUAAUAAUACCUCACUCCUCACCAUUGUUUUUCAAUAUACACCAACAAAACAACACACACAAUUAAUGGCUCUCCAUGCUGAACCAGUACUACCCCAGCUGGAGCCAUGGCGGCAACUCGCCCGAAAAGUAGUAAUGGUGACCGGAGCAUCGUCCGGAAUCGGCCGUGAAUUCUGCCUUGAUCUAUCCAAAACUGGUUGUAGAAUCAUCGCCGCUGCUCGUCGGAUCGAUCGAUUGAAAUCCUUAUGUGAUGAGAUCAACGGAAUUGCCUCGAAUCCGUCGAAGGAAUUACGAGCAGUUGCGAUUGAGCUAGAUGUUAGUGCUAAUGGAGGUGUCAUUGAAGCUGCUGUUAAGAAAGCUUGGGAUGUGUUUGGUAGGAUUGAUGCUUUGGUUAAUAACGCCGGUAUUCGAGGCAGUGUGCACUCUCCACUGGAUUUGACAGAGGAGGAAUGGGAAAAGAUCCACAAAACGAACCUAAGAGGAGCAUGGUUGGUGACCAAAUAUGUUAGUAUGCAUAUGCGUGCUGCUAAUCAAGGAGGAUCAGUUAUUAAUAUCUCUUCUAUCGCUGGUCUUAAUCGCGGGCAAUUACCAGGUGGUCUUGCUUAUGCAUCUUCAAAAGAAGCUCUCAACAGCAUUACAAAGGUGAUGGCCAUUGAAUUGGGACAAUACAAGAUCAGAGUGAACUCAAUAUCACCGGGACUUUUCAAAUCUGAGAUAACAGAAGGUCUUGUACAGAAGGACUGGCUUCAAAAUAUUGAAUUGAGAACCGUUCCCUUGAGAACUCAUGGAACAUCAAAUCCCGCUUUGACUUCAGUAGUACGUUACUUAAUCCACGAUUCAUCAGAAUAUGUUUCAGGCAACAUGUUCAUCGUUGAUGCUGGUGCUACUUUACCAGGUGUCCCAAUUUUCUCAUCCCUCUAGCUAUAGAGGUUGCUCAUUCAAGCUUGAGGCUUGUUCGGAUAAGUCCAAUCGCGCUCGCCUGAUGCCCCGUCUUUAGCCUAGGUGGAUCCAAUUUUAAAAAAAGGUACGGAUAUGUUAGGGAAAGAAUAACAGCAUUACUUUGGUUACAAUUUGAACAAUUUUUUUACCAAAGAAAUUUUACGUUUUGGUUUUGAGAUAUUUAAGGUAAAAAUGCCUUUUAACUUCAUGGAAUUGUCGUUCCUUUGUAUAGCUCCAACAUGAAAUUUUAUUAUAAUUGAGUUGACUCAACUCCCAUGAAGUAAAUUUUUUUUUU